UCUCCUGUGAAGAGUUGGUGGUCUCUGCAGACCGUCGUGUCUGUGCGUCUGCUGUAAUAAUACAGUUCACUCCCUCACGUUAAAAUCACUUCACUUGUUGAUCAGCGCUCGUGCUCCUGCAGCUCGUGCAAAAUACCCGGAGAUUGUCGUUUUAUACUGAAUGAUGGCAGGCGUCUCAUCGAUCCUAACAAUUAUUUGUGUCGCAGGAUGCCACCUGUCCUCAGCGUCACCUGUUCUCCGCUCAGCCCUGGUGGUCCAGGCGGGGCAGAAUGUCUCGCUCACCUGUAAUCUGACGUCCAGCGGGGAGAUCACCUGGUACCUCCUGAGCUCAGACCAGCUGCUGCCUCUGCUGACGGUUACACUGACUAAACUGAAAGACAUUGUGGUCGACUUUCACUCCGCAAACAGUCGUUUCAGCAACAAUGGCGACUUAGAGCAAGGCCCGGUCAGUCUGGAGAUCCUGAAGGUGGAGGAGACGGACGCUGGGCUGUAUUUCUGCACCGGCCGCUGUGCUGGAGCGGUCUGUGUUAACAGAGGAAUUCACCUGGUUGUUGAUGGAGUUGACGGAGGGUCAGCCAGGCAGCCAUGCUGGAGUCUGGGGAUCUGUGUUCUUCCAGCUUUACUCCUCCUCUGCCUCAUCUUCAUCAUUGGAUUCUCCCUGUGCUCAGGUAAAUCAGCUGUUUGCUACUGUAAUCCAGAGAGAAGCACCGUCAGUCAGAGCGUCACAGAGGAAGUGGCUUUGCACUAUUCCAGUCUGAAGCAUGUAGACAAGCCCCGCCCCUCCGGCAGAGCAGAGACGGGAUUGGUCAAAAAGGACGUCACGUACUCUGCAGUUGCCAGUCGCAAGAACCCAAACAGAUCACGUGAACACAGAUAAA